GGGGCGCCGCCGCCGCCGCCGCCAUGUUCCGGUACCCGUCCCCGGAGGAGUGCCCGCUGGACGAGGAGGAGGACGGCUUCCAGGCGCUGGGCGAGGAGGACGAGGACAUCGACCAGUUCAACGAUGACACCUUCGGGGCCGGCGCCGUCGACGACGACUGGCAGGAGGCCCACGAGCGGCUGGCCGAGCUGGAGGACAAGCCGCUGGGCGGGGGGCAGCGGGCCGUGCCGGGCGGCGAGGAUGCGGAGCUGCUGGGCGAGCCCGAGGACACGCUGGCGGAGCGGCUGACGCGGCUGGUCAUCGACAGCGAGCUGGAGGACCCGGCCAUCAUGCGGGCCGUGCACACCAGGGCCCCCGGCGCGCAGCCCGCGCCGCUCAACGCCGGCAUCUGGGACGGCCCCGCCGUGCUGCGGCGCAUCCGGGGGCCGCUGCUCGCUCAGGAGAUGCCGUCGGUGUCCGUGCUGGACUAUGCUCUGCCCCAGAGACCCCCGCAGGCUCGGGAGGAAGAGAGGGACCCCUCCGAGCGGGCGCUGCCCCGCCGCUCGUCCUCCCCUGUCAUCGGCAGCCCCCCGGUGCGAGCGGUCCCCAUCGGCACCCCUCCCAAGCAGGCUGCCGUGCCCAGUUUCAACCAGCAGAUCUUGUGUCCGAAGCCGGUCCACAUCCGGGCCAGCAUGCAGCAGCGCUACCCCGCUCCCUACGGCGAGAGGAUGUCCCCCAACCAGCUCUGCAACGUACCGAACUCCUCCCUGCUGGGCCACCCGUUCCCCCACAGCGUCUCUCCCGUCCUCACCCACCUGCAGAGAGCGCAGCUGCUCGGAGGAGCCCAGGCCGGCCGGAUGUCUCCCAGCCAGUUUGCCCGAGUCUCGGGCCUCGUCGGGAGCCCUCUGCCCUCCGUCAACCCCAAGCUGCUGCAGGGCAGAGUGGGGCAGAUGAUGUCUCCAGCCGGCGGCUUUCGUGCCUUCUUCGGGGCUGCCCCAGCUCCGCCGCCCCCAUCGCAGCCGCAGCCCCCGCCGGGCCCCGCAUCCCACCUGCAGGGCUUGAGGCCCCAGCCGCAGAUGUUCCGGCCAGACACGACCCACCUGCACCCCCAGCACCGCCGCCUCCUGCACCAGCGGCAGCAGCAGAGCCGAAACCAGCACCGCAGCCUCAACGGCUCGGUGGGGGACCGAGGGGGCCACCGGGGCAGCCACCAGGAGCAGGCACGCAAAGACCCCUACGCCAACCUCAUGCUGCAGCGGGAGAAGGACUGGGUGUCCAAGAUCCAGAUGAUGCAGCUGCAGAGCACUGACCCCUACCUGGACGACUAUUACUACCAGAACUACUUCCAGAAGCUGGAAAAGUUGGCGGCAGCUGAGGAAGUCCACGGGGACGGCCCCAAGAAGGAACGCACCAAACUCAUCACCCCUCAGGUGGCGAAGCUGGAGCACGCCUACAAACCAGUGCAGUUCGAGGGCUCGCUCGGGAAGCUGACGGUGUCCAGCGUGAACAACCCGCGGAAGAUGAUCGACGCGGUGGUGACCUCCCGCGGCGAGGAUGACGAGACGAAGGAGAAGCAGGUCCGGGACAAGAGGCGCCAGACGCUGGUCACCAUCGAGAAGACGUACAGCCUCCUCCUGGACGUGGAGGACUACGAGCGACGCUACCUCCUGAGCCUGGAAGGCGAGCGGCCGGCCCUGAUGGGCGAGAGGAAGCAGAAGAUCUGCGAUAUGUACGACAAUCUGAGGGGGAAGGCGCCCGGGCAGGAGAGGCCGAGCGAUGACCACUUCAUGCAGAUCAUGUGCAUCCGGAAAGGAAAGCGCCUGGUGGCCCGCAUCCUCCCCUUCCUGUCGCCCGAGCAAGCGGCCGACGUCCUCAUGGCGACGGCCAGGAACCUGCCCUUCCUCAUCAAGAAGGACGCUCAGGACGAGGUGCUGCCCUGCCUGCUGAGGCCCUUCUCGCACGUCCUCUACCACCUCCCCCUGGGGACGGUCACCAGCCUUGUGCAGCAGCUCACCAACCUACCUCAGAGCGCAACCGCGCCGGCGCCCACCAACCUGCACCUCGCUGCUGUGCUCCAAAACAAGUUCGGCCUGUCCCUGCUCUACCUGGUGCUGAGCCGCGGGGAGGAGCUGCAGAGUUCAGACACCAGCACGGAGCUGAUGCAGGACAACCAGUGGACGGAGCUGAUGCUGCUGGCGACCCGGGAGCUCCUGCGGAUCCCGGCGGCGGCCCUGGCGAAGCCGGUGUCCCCCCCCUCCAACCUGCUCUCCCUCUUCUCUCGCUACGUCGACCAGCAGAAGCUCAACCUGCUGGAGACAAAGCUGCAGUGAGCGGCGGCACCCGGGGGCCGCGACCGGGGCCGCCUCCCGCGGCCGCCCCGC